CCCAAAUCUCACAACCCCUGAGAAAAUCACUCACAAAAACUUCCUUUUUCUCUCUCAAACUCAACAAAAUCUGAAACUUUCCUUCUUUUUUUUUUUCUUUUUUUUUCCAAAUUUCUUCCCAAUUAAAAAGGGAAAAAAAAUGAACGACUUGAUGACCAAAUCGUUCACCAGCUAUGUGGAUCUGAAGAAGGCAGCCAUGAAGGAUCUCGACCUUGAAUCCGGUUUAGAAAUGCCAUCGUCCAUCACCAACGACAACGGCGACAUGGGUCUCUUUCUGGAAGAGGCUGAGAAGGUGAAAACGGAAAUGGGUUCAAUUAGAGAGAUUUUAGUUAAACUCCAACAAGCUAACGAAGAGACCAAAUCUGCUCACAAACCCGAAAUCCUCAAAUCGCUUCGUAAUACGAUCAAUGCCGACAUCAUCACCGUCCUGAAAAAGGCCCGAUCGAUCCGAUCCCAGCUCGAGGAAAUGGACCGCGCAAAUGCUGCCAAGAAACGUCUCUCCGGCAGCAAAGAGGGCACUGCAAUUUACCGGACGAGAAUUGCGGUGACGAACGGGCUGAGGAAGAAGCUAAAGGAAUUGAUGAUGGAGUUUCAGAGUUUGAGGCAGAGGAUGAUGACGGAGUACAAGGAAACGGUGGGGAGACGGUACUUCACGGUGACCGGGGAGCAUCCGGAGGAGGAAGUGAUCGAGAAGAUAAUAUCAAAUGGUGGGGAGGAGUUUUUGGGGAAGGCGAUAAAGGAGCACGGGCGGGGGAAGGUGGCGGAGACAGUGGUGGAGAUACAGGACCGGCACGGGGCGGCGAAGGAGAUAGAGAAGAGCUUGUUAGAGCUACACCAAGUGUUUUUGGAUAUGGCAGUGAUGGUUGAAGCACAAGGGGAAAAAAUGGAUGAUAUUGAACAUCAUGUGAUGAAUGCUUCACAAUAUGUUAGGGAUGGGACUAAGGAUUUGAAGACAGCAAAAGAUUUGCAAAGGAAUAGUAGAAAGUAUAUGUGUGUUGGGAUUUUGCUUUUGCUUCUCAUUAUUUUGGUUGUUGUUAUUCCUAUUGCUGUUAGUUUUGGAAGUUCUUGAAAUCUUAUGGUGUUUUUUUAAUAGGAUUUUAUGAGAUGGGGAUGUGUUCUUGGCAUCCCCAAUUAUAAUAUGUGUGUGUGUAUUAAGAGAAUGUGGGGAAUUGUAAUGCAAAUUCUAUUCAUUUCUUUUUCA